GGCCGGGCCGGGCCCUCCCGGCCGCCGGGGGAGCUGCGGGGCGGGGCCGCCGCCUCCUCCGCUUCCCGUCCCUGCCCGUGCCUUCCCUUCCCUUCCCGUCCCUCCGCGAGGGGCACGGCCGGGCCCCCUCGCCGUCCCCGGCCCGGCCGCGGCUGCCCCGCAGCCCCGGGCGGGCCCUCAGCAGCGCCGGGCCCCUGCCCUGAGGGAGGAGCGGCGUCCGGCCCGGGAGGGAUGCGCAGGGAGCGGCUCCUCGGCUCGGCCUGCGCGCUGUUCUCACUCGAAAGAGUGGUGGCAACUCUACAGUAAAGUUAAAUGUCUUCAGAGGACAAGGAGGCUCAGGAGGACGAGCUGCUGGCUCUGGCCAGCAUCUACGAUGAGGAUGAGUUUAAGAGAGCAGAGUCUGCCCAAGGAGGAGAAACAAGAAUUUGUCUGGAGCUGCCUCAAGACUUUAAAAUUUUUGUGAGGGGCAGUUCCACAGAGAGCCUCCAGAGCAGUGGGUUUGAGUACUCCGUGUGCUUCCUGCCUCCCCUCGUGCUGAAUUUCGAGCUCCCACCUGACUACCCAUCGACCUCCCCGCCCGUGUUCACCCUCAGUGGGAAAUGGCUCUCCCAGGCCCAGCUCAGCGCUCUUUGCAAGCACUUGGACAAUAUGUGGGAGGAGAACAGAGGCUGCGUGGUGCUGUUUGCCUGGAUGCAGUUUCUGAAGGAGGAAACACUGAAUUACCUGAAUAUUUCAUCACCAUAUGAGCUGAAAAUGUGCCCUCAGGGGAAGGGGCAGGGCCGGACAGCAGCGGGGCCCCUCGAGGCUGGGAAGGACUCUGGGGGUGCCACAAGCUCUGCCACAGCUGAGGAGGAAAUGGUGGAUGCCAGGGCGGUGCAGGAUGUGGAGUCCUUGUCCAGUCUUAUCAGGGAGAUCUUGGACUUCGACCAGGCGCAGAGGAGGAAGUGCUUUAACAGCAAGAUGUACUCGUGUGGUAUCUGCUUCUGUGAGAAGCUGGGCAGUGAGUGCAUGCGCUUCCUGGAGUGCAGCCACGUGUACUGCAAGGCCUGCCUGAAGGACUACUUUGAGAUCCAGAUCAGGGAUGGACAGGUGCACUGCCUCAACUGCCCCGAGCCCAAGUGUUCUUCUGUCGCCACUCCAGGCCAGGUGAAGGAGCUGGUUGGGGAGGAGCUGUUUGCCCGCUACGACCGCCUGCUGCUGCAGUCCAGCCUGGACCUGAUGGCUGACGUGGUUUACUGCCCCCGGCCCGGCUGCCAGACGCCCGUGAUGCAGGAGCCCGGCUGCACCGUGGGCAUCUGCUCCUGCUGCAGCUACGCCUUCUGCACCUUCUGCAAGAUGACUUACCACGGCGUGUCCCCCUGCAAGAUCACGGCAGAGAAAUUAAUUGAUGUGAGGAAUGAAUACUUAAAAGCAGAUGAGGCAACUAAAAGAUAUUUGGAACAACGCUAUGGCAAGAGAGUGAUUCAGAAAGCCCUGGAGGAGAUGGAGAGUAAGAAAUGGCUGAAAAAGAACUCCAAGGCUUGUCCUUGCUGUGGGUCCCCCAUUCAGAAACUGGAUGGCUGUAACAAGAUGACGUGCACAGUGUGCAUGCAGUACUUCUGCUGGCUCUGCAUGGGUGCCCUGUCCCAGACCAGCCCCUACCAGCACUUUGAGGACCGCUCCUCACCCUGCUACAACAGAUUGUUUCAAAACAUUCAGCUCGACAAUGGGGAGCUGUGGGAAGCAGAAGAUGAUGAUUAGUAACUUCCUCCAGCACCAAAAGGGAUGAGUGCCAAGGCAGUGAGCUGAGGAUGUGACCAGUGAGAGGGUGAAAAGUAUCAGGAAGAGAUGAACUUGAAUUCUUCAAGAUACUGACAAUUACCUUGUGUUCUCAGUUGAUGAAGUAAUAUAUUUUUUAUUAAUUCUUCAUAUAAGAAAUUCGAUGGUUAAUACUUUUGCUUCUGGACUAGAUCCUUUAUUUCCACUGGUUUUGCACUUCAAAUUAUUUCAGAAACCAAAUUUUUUUUCCUAAAAUCUCAGCAAGUGAUUUUGAGAGUAUGAAGGUGAUUACUGGAGGCAAACACUGAUUUUUUUACAAGUUUUUCCACUUGCAAAACAGUCUAAAAGUUUAUUUGGAAGUUAAAGCUGCAUGUGCUGUGUUCAAGAGCAGUUGGGCCUGGAUGGAAAGCUCUGGAGCUGAGACUCCUUAGGAACUCGAGGUGAUCACAGCUCACUCAGUUCUGACUGAGAAUUAAUAAAUUUAUCCUGGAUGUGUGGCCAGAAGGAGUGGUGCUGCAUUUCCCUGUGCAGAGGAGGAGUCUGCACUGUUGGGACUGGCACGGAGAUUAAAAAGAUGGAAGGAAGAGCAAAUCUCACCUCAGCUGAAUCUCUAGGUCAGCGUGUAGGAAAAGUGUACAUUGUGUAUGGUCUGAGUUGUUUUCCUGCACCUUUCACAUGCACUAAAUUCACUUGAAGAUGGUAAA